CCAGCCACGUGCGCGUAAUAAAUACACAAUUGAUAAAAUGCUCCACCGGCGCAUCGCUCGCCAUUGAGACUCAUUUGAGCGAACGAGACAACAGGAAGGGAGGACAGGAAAAGAGCCAUUCGUCGUGCAACGUUCGCGCGCAAUUUUCCAUCUGAUUUGUCCAACCGGCUAACGGCAAUCGAAAAUCGUGGGGGGUCAUGACCAAGCGCGAGGAAUCGACGAUUCGAUGAUUCACUCGUCGUUGCCACUCGCUCGUGAGCAGGUGAUGAUGUCCGUGUAGAGAAAAAAAAGGAAUUAAAUAGGAAGAGUCCGGAAGACAUCGUGUCGAUAUGAAGGAACAGGAAUUCGAAGAUGAGCCUCCUUUGUUACAAGCUGUAUUCUUUGGAAAUGUGGAGAAAGUUCGUACAUUAUUGUCACAACAGGAAGAUAUUAAUUGGACAGACAAGGAGCAGCGUUCUCUCUUACAUGCGGCAGCGUACAGAGGAGAUAUCGCCGUUGUCGAGACGCUCUUGUUGCAUGGUGCAACAGUUAAUAGUAAAGAUAAAAAAUGGUUAACACCUUUGCACAUAGCUUGUGGGGCAGGCAAUUAUAAUAUAGUAGAUGUCUUGUUGAAGUACAAGGCGGACGCGAAUGCUCGAGAUCGUAAUUGGCAAACGCCGCUACACGUAGCGGCGGCGAAUAAUUCUCUACAAUGCGUGGAUCUUCUGAUACCGCAUUUAUUAAAUAUCAAUGUCACAGACAGGAGUGGUAAAACGUGUCUCCAUCAUGCUGCAUACAACGGGCAUCUCGAAAUGGUCGAAUGGCUAACGCAAUUCGGUUGUGUCGUAAAUGCUUCCGAUAAGAAGGACCGAAGGGCUUUACAUUUUGCGGCGUACAAAGGCCACGAGGAGGUUGUGAAAGCAUUAAUAGCCAAGGGCGCCGAGGUGGAUGUUAAAGACCGAGAUCUAUAUACUCCAUUACAUGCAGCAGCCGCUUCUGGUUAUACAGAAUGUAUACAUGUUUUGAUCGAAGCUGGCGCGUACGCCGAGGCCAUGAACGUGUACGGAAGCACGGCACUGCAUAUCGCCUGUUUGAAUGGACAUCCCGGUUCUGUCCUGGAACUUAUCGCUCGUGGCGUUAAUAUAGAGGCUAUAAAUUACCGGGGACAGACCGCGCUGCAUGUCGCCGCCGCGAGCACGCAAGGCGUUCACUGUUUCGAUAUACUUAUACGGGCGGGCUUGAAGAUAAACGUGUACUCGGAAGACGGUCGUACACCGUUGCACAUGACUGCUAUUCACGGAAGAUUUACACGAUCCAAAACGUUACUGGACGUAGGAGCCUUCCCUGAUGCGAAGGACAAAAAUGGGAAUACGGCUUUGCACAUUGCGGCCUGGUACGGUUACGAGUGUCUGGUAACAACCCUGCUGGAAUACUCUGCGUCUCCGGCGACACGGAACGCGCAACAGCGGACUCCCUUACAUCUGAGUUGCUUGGCAGGACACAUCGAAGUUUGUAGGAAGCUCUUGCAGGUUGACAGUAAGCGAAUUGAUGCGCGAGACAUCGGUGGCAGGACUGCUCUACAUUUAGCAGCGUUUAAAGGUUCGGUAGAUUGUUUGGAUCUGCUGUUAUCCAACGGUGCGAAUUUUCGUCUAGCCGACAACGAUAAUCGACUAGCUCUUCAUCACGCCGCAAGCCAGGGUCACUAUCCGUGCGUCUUCACUCUGGUUGGCUUCGGUAGUGACUCGAACGCUCAGGACGUGAACGGUGCCACGCCUUUGCACCUGGCCGCAGCGGCGUCGAAUUCCAACGCUCUGUGCGUGCAAUACUUGCUGCAGCACAGAGCGGAUCCGCGUUUACGCGAUAAACGCGGCUUCACCGCGAUCCACUACGCGGUGGCGGGCGGCAAUCAAGCUGCGCUGGAGGCGCUUCUAAACGCGUCGUCGCCAGGAAAUCAGACCGCGUCGGUCGGCUCUUCGGCCGGGCAGGAGCAACCCUUACCGGCGCUCACUCCGAUACACCUGGCGGCAUACCAUGGCCAUAGCGAGAUCUUAAGGCUGCUGUUACCUCUGUUCCCAAACACAAAUAUACAAGAAGACAGUGGGAAAACGCCGCUGGAUCUGGCUGCCUACGAAGGACACAAACAGUGUAUCGAGCUCUUGUUGCAAGCCGGCGCUUUGGUGUCGGUACAGGAUUCCGUCACGAAACGUACACCUAUACACUGCGCCGCUGCAAUGGGUCAUGCCGAUUGCCUAGCCCUUCUCCUGCAAAACGCGGACGAUCCCGAUGUAGUGAAUUGCUACGACGCCAAGCAACGUACUGCCUUAGCACUGGCAGUGGCAAACAAUCACUCGGAGUGCGCGAUACUAUUGUUGAAACACAAAGCCGACUGCAAUUUACCGGACAUCAACAAGCACACGCCGUUAUUUAGGACGGUAAUUAACGAGCGCGAUAAUCAGUUGGUGAAGCUGUUACUGAAAUAUGGAGCGCGAGUGGCUGUGCAAGACGUGAACGGCAAAACGCCGUUGCACUUGGCAGCGGCUUGCGGACGGCUGUACGCCUUAGCGGCUCUCGUUAAAGCCGACCCAACAGCGGCCGCUUUGAAGGACGACCAAGGCUGCACGGUACUUCACUGGGCUUGUUACAAUGGUAAUUCAAAUUGCGUGGAGUAUCUUUUGAACUGCAACGUGUUCGACUCCUUAGAAGGUAGUCCAUUCUCGGCGGUGCAUUGCGCUGUAUACCAGGGAUCCGCGCAUUGCUUGGAGCUAUUGAUCAACAAGUACGGCGGACAGGCGGUCGCUGCACCGAAGGAUUCGUCAUGUGGCCUGUUACCGCUGCACGUUGCAGCCAGUGCUGGAUCGGUCGAGUGUGCGCGACUGAUCUUGAGCUCCGUCGGCCCAGAACUGGCAGGUCUCGAGACACCCGAUUACUUCGGACGGACGCCGCUUCUCUGCGCGGCCGUCAACGGACAGUCCAGUGCUAUCGAAUUACUGCUCGAGUGGAAAGCCAAUGUACGUGCUGUCGAUUCCAGUAAGAAUACAGCGUUGCACUUAGCAUGCCAAAGACGCCACUCCGCCGCGGCGGCACUGCUCCUCAGUUGGAUCGAGUCGCUCGGCAGCUCGGACAACGACAAGGGCACGUCGCAACAGCAGCAGCAGCAACAAUCGCAACAACAGCAGCGAACGGCCAUCAUCAACAUGACCAAUAAGCAGCAGAGGACGCCGCUGCAUCUGGCGGCAAGAAAUGGUCUUGUAACGAUUACGCGUCGAUUACUGCAAUUGGGUGCGAGUGUCGUUGCCGUCGACGCCGAUGGGCUCACACCCGCGUUAGCCUGCGCUCCAAAUCCGGCAGUGGCCAAGUGUCUAGCUACCAUUCUUGCCGCACACGGUCAAAAUGGGGAAACUGCACAGUACUCGCCAUCGAUUCAGCAAACAUCGGAAGUCUACCUGAACGGCCGAAAUGGUGUGGACUCGCAGCACAGCUCUGAUUCAGAGUUUUACUGACAGCAAGCAUCAACACGCUCGGAUCGUCAAGCGUCGUUCCAAGCGGAUCUGAAUGUUGACUCAACGCACGGCAACAUCGACGCUGCCAGAUUGAUUUGGACGAGUUGUUGGCUCUUCUCCGUUCUAGCGUAAUUAGCAUAAAUCUGACGGUUUCUGAUUAGCCAGAUGGUAUCGUCGACGAACGAACAAGUCUAUCGCGUUAAUUAGUCUCGUAAGUAGCAAUCGUGACAAUAUCCGUGUAUGUACUAUAUUAUCGCGAAUUUGAUUAGGGGGUUAAUCGAAUUACUGAUCGACUGCCAUGGGUGUCUGUAUGUAUGUACGUAUGUAAUUAAUCGGAGUUACUAGAUACCAGCGAAUUAUGCAAUAUCCAGAGUCAAACAGUUUUCCGUUUACAAAACCUGAUGAAACCUCGUGAAACCUUUGCAAACUCCGUUUGUAAAAACAUACUUGAUGUCUCGAUGCGCGAAGUACAAAAUUCUUUUAUACAUACCACGCGAUACGAUGCUUGUGCAAAAACCAGGUAUCAUUCUAAUUUCAUUUUAAAAUCCAUACGCAAUUAGGACGAUAUAUAUAUAGAUUAGAAUAAUUCGGGGAAUAUUGCUUAGCUGUACAUAUCAUUCGAUGUCGAGAUCGCAUAAUAUCCAUUUCACGGUUAACGGUAGAAACGAUACGUAUUACUUUCAUUUUAGAUAACGUGCGAUAUUAGUAGUGUCCAAGCGACGAUCAUUGCUACUGUGCACGACGAGCGUAUCUUUAAUUAAAAAAAAUACCAAAUUCCGCCGUUUAGCACUCAAGUGUAUUGUUUUUAGAAUCACUCUGUGGUUUUCGUAUUGAAAUUUAUUAAUCUUUUAUUGUAGCCGAAAUGAACAAUAUCUGACAUUACGUAUAAUAUAUUUUUUUCUCUCUCUCUCUCAUGUAACUCAUAUAUGUGCACUUGUGCAUAAUUGAGAGGAUAAGACAUUCGCAAUUUUGCGUAUUCUCCAUAUUCGUAAUUUACGACUUUUAAAUCAAUGAUUAAUGCACACGUUGUUUUCUUGGGUUCAAUAAUAUCUUUGCAUAAUUUUCUAAUUGAAUAAUUAACGAUUGAUAACAAGUAACGUGCUUGAUAGUUCUUUCAUCGAUUAAUGCAAAUGGACUACAGAAAAUAAUAACUUGUAAUUGUUAACUAACACGUAGUCACACAGCGGGUCUACAAAUGCAAUAAGCGACCGAAAAUUAUUUAACUAUAAAAUUUAACGAUAAAACGCUGCACUAUUAGUUUCGUAGUCGGGUAGACGUAAUAAUCAAAAGGCGCGUUCGUCCUUAUGGCGAGUAAUUAGAAGUCAAUGCGAAUAUCAACGUAGUUAAUGCUCAAUCAAUUGCAUUUAAUAUUCUAGGUUGAUUGUAGUUUAGUUUGGCGGACGUCUUCCAUUCUCUCAGCAGUAUGCCAGUUAAAAGUCGCGAUUCGCGGCGCCACAAAACAUCAGGCUUUAUCCAUGUGUAUGCAUGGACAUGUUCUUUAUCGAAUGAUCUUAUAUGCUUUUUCGCAUUUCUAGAUAGCAGUUUAGUUGGACAUUAAAUUUUGACCAUGUUUUCGCAAGGCCUUUGUAAUCUGGUUUGUUUGGCAUAAGUACGCAAAAGCGUUCAUGUUUACGUUAGAGUAAAGAGAUGCCGAAAAUAUGAACGUUCAAUUACCGAUGUCCCGUUGUAAAUAUUAUUGGAGUAUUGAAGGACUGAAUUUAUCCCCGAACAUAAUAUAUAGAACUCUGUAUAUAAAAUAGGGCAAUGUGACAGAGAAGAGAGACGAGUUUCUAGCUAUUUUCCUAGACAUUUGUAGCGAAGCCUAAACUGCCUGUAACUCUACGUCGAACGAGAAAGUGAAGCUUUUAAAUAUAAUUUUAUUAUAUAUACAUAUAUUAUAUAUAAUAUAAGAUCAAAGAAUUAGUUAACGUGAAUCGGACUCAUGGACAUAUAUUUGUCUAUGAUUGGAUUAUUAUUCUAUUUUCGAAUGCUUUACGUUCUCCGUUUUGACCGUCACAAUGAUUUACAAAAAUUACGUCUGUAUUUGCUUAAAAAAUUUAUUCGCUUAGUAGUAAUCCCAUUGAGUGUUUUGUUGGUUAUUUUUAUAUCAUGCUUUAUUUAAUAUUUGUCGUUUUGACCAAUGUAUUUUUCAAAUUAUUCAUGCUACAUGUGAUACAUCAACAAUAAUGUGAUACGAUAUUGCCUAGAAUCAACUAUCUCUUUUCUAUUAUACGUAAAUGCGAAUUAAACCGGUGGAGAAAAGCUUUCCUCGCCAUUUAUAAGAAAGUGCAAUAAUUUUUAAAGAAAUACAGAAGUUAUUUAUGUACAAUGUGACGAUUGAAAUAUUAAGCAUAUUCUGCGUGCGGCAAUAAUUUUAUUAUUUUUGUACUUAUGCAUUUUUCCCCCAGAAAUUUACGCAUUUAAUUAUGAGCGUUAUCUAAAGCGUUGUUUAAACGCAACAAUAUAUGUGUAUAUUUUUUAGAAUUAUAUAUAUAUACAUACAUACCUCCCCUCACACACACACACACACACACACACACGCACACACGCGCGCGCAUACAUAUACGUAUAUAAACAUAUAUAGUAUAUAAACAAUUUUUUAAAUGCCAAUGUGAUUGAUGAAAUGAUAGGAAACAUUAUCGUUCAUCGAGGAUAUCAUAAUUUUAUUGUACAUAUUAACUCUAAUCAUCGCACUUAAGUGUAAUAAUUACACGAUUAAUGAAAUUGUUGAUAUUAGCAAAUUGCAAUCUCCGAUUUGUACAUGAUUUUGUACUCCUGCGACCAUUGUAUAAAAUCAGAAGGCGAGAAAGUUGGAUACACGUGCGUUAGCGAUCUCGGAAACGCAAAACUCCAUUGCUGUAUAAAUAUCGAGAAAGAUAUUUUUUCUAUAUUCCUUCCUCGCAUACAAUAUUUUGCAGAGUAUAAUAUUGUAUUAUGUGAAAGUGAUAUCAUAUUUUAAGCAGUCGUCGAUAUCAUACAUCUGUAUCGCGAACAUUUAUAAUCAAUAUACGUCAAUUUACGUUCUAUUUUCACAUGUGAA